AUGAAGGCAUCGGCUGUCACUCACUUCCAGGCCACGACCGCGGUGGCGCUCAGACGCCCGUGGCAGACGUUUAAGGACGGUCAGAUAUGGUACGGGAUGGGCAAAACCGGUUCCAAGCGCCACCCGCUCACCACCAAGCAGGGGAACAAGCACUACUACAAAGGUACGGGUUCGCUGGGCUACGGUAAGCUCAACCGUGACGGCAAGUAUAUCGUCGACUGGACCAAGGUCAGAACCUAUGUUGUCCCCGCUGACUUGCACCUGACCCCGCUUAAGGCGUUGGUUUCCCCUAAAGUGCCUCAAGUGUACCAGAAAUAUGUUGGCUACGACGACGGGGCCAAGAGCGCUGACCUUGCCUUCCAGAACCUUGUUGAUUUUGUCGAGUACGGCGAGAACUAUAACGCCGUCGAUUUGGAGGAAUCAGGCUACCUCGAGGAGUUCGUCAACCCUAAUGCUGAGGUCGAAGCUGUCGAAGCCCACCCCGAAGCGGUUGCCGAAACCAAGGCUGGUGAAACCACAUCUGUCCAAUAG